AUGUCGUCGCAAAGUCAACAACCCAACAUCAACACUCUGUUGCACAACAUGCGUGCACAGAUUUUGGCGUUGACCACACAACUCACCGAGCUGCAGACACACCCCCCUGCAGCAACCCCCUUGGUCGAGAUGAAGUUCAAUAAGAAAGUUGAAGUCGUCGCUGACCCUGGUGCCUUCAAGGGAGACAAAGUGCAAUUUGCCAAGUGGUGGAUCAAGCUCCAAAUUUGGGUCAAGGCAAACUGGGAUGCAUUUGCCGACAAUUUUGAGGUAGCCACUGCAGUGCUAUCUCGACUAAAAGGACCUGUGGCAGGUCGGUACGCCCAAGUUAGAAUGCAGGAGUGCUACACCACGGGAGUGUGGCCUGUCUGGGAUGAUCUCAAAGUUGAGAUCGAAAAGUAUUUCAAACCGCAAGCUGAGCGUGACUGGGCGUGUCAGCAGAUCCGUACCUUCAAGCAAGGAAACAUGAGGACAGAUGAUUUCGUAACCCAGUUCCUGGCCCUCUCUAUCCAAGGGGGCUUAGGUAAUGAACAUGCAGUGGAACUGCUGGAACACAAUGUGAACCCCCACAUUGCAGAACAGCUCUAUCUGCAGGAUAUGAGGAGGCGCCAGGCGCGCCAAUUAGAAGCUGAAAAGUCGGAUGAUCGGCUCAACACUCUGGCCAGUCUUUUGUACGACAAAAUCCGGGCCUUCUUUUACGACCAACAGGUCAAUGAGAUGAAAGCUCAGGGAAAAGAGUUCGAAGCUUAG